AUGCAAAAGGCUAAUCAGAUAUAUGAAGAGGGUUUACGAAUUGUUUCUUCGAGUUCUAUGUUUGAGAUGCAUAUAAAGUUCUUGCUGGAGGCUAUUGCACAGUCAAAUUGUGACGUUAAUGAUGAAAAUUUCUCAGUGUCUAAUCCAAUUGGGGAAUGUAGUUCACAUCUUAUAAAUGUGUACCAAAAUGCUGAUACAGCCGGUUGGUUGACAGCUGACGUUGCUUUUGAAUACAUGGAAUUGGGAAGGAACCAUGAAGCUCAGAAGCUAGCGGAAAAGCUUUGCGAUGGGAAAUUAGUGGGAUCAGCUAAAUUGUGGCUUCUUUCAACUGCUUUAGUAAAAGUACCGGUCUCAGAAUCUGAGAGCUUGUGGCUUUUGGCUCUUAAGUUCGUUGCUCAUAAGAGAACUUAUUUUGACAAACUUGUCGAGAUGUCCAUCAUAUCAGUAGCCAAAGGCAAUGGGAGCGACCACAGGCUUUCUCCCGCCACGAUCAUUAAAUUUAUGGGAACAUUAGAGACAGCUAAUGGUGUUUAUUGGCGAGGGAGAAAGACUCUGAAGGAAGUGGCAGGUUUCAUUGUUCCAUCUGAUUUGUUGUAG